ACUUGAUUGUUUGAAUUGGAACAUUUCAUGCUGAAAUUAAGAAAUAGGAAUUAGUACUAAGCCAACUUCCUUUUUACGACGUGCUUUGUCAAAAUGCAGAAGAAACAUAAGCAGCAGAUCCAUUCUGUCCAGGUAUUCGGACGUAAAAAAAGUGCUACAGCCGUUGCUUAUUGUAAGCGGGGUCGUGGAAUUUUACGAGUAAAUGGACGCCCCUUGGAAUUAGUUGAACCAAGAGUUCUUCAAUACAAACUUCAAGAGCCAAUAUUACUUCUUGGCAAGGAAAAAUUCUCAGAAGUUGAUAUCAGAGUUAGAGUGAAUGGUGGAGGACAUGUUGCGCAGAUAUAUGCCAUAAGACAAGCUAUUUCAAAAGCCCUUGUGGCAUAUUACCAAAAAUAUGUUGAUGAAGCCAGUAAAAAAGAAGUUAAAGAUAUUCUUAUUCAAUAUGAUCGAACACUUUUAGUUGCUGAUCCUAGAAGAUGUGAACCAAAGAAGUUUGGUGGUCCAGGAGCACGUGCACGAUAUCAAAAAUCUUAUCGUUAAAUAUAAAUACUUAUACAUUACUUUCAAUUUU